AUCUUAUAGAUAAUUAAAAAAAUAUUCAUAAAAAAAAAAAAAAAAAAAAAACUCCUCAAAAUGUCAGGCCACACACAGAGAUGCAGCUUUAUCUAUGAUCUCAUUACCGGCGUCCCUCUUCUUGCUUCCCUUUCAUAGUAAUGAUUCAACUGAUGCUUCUUCUUCCCUUUCUCUUUUUUCCUCUGCAUCAAUAAACCAUACAGUUUUUCCAAGAAAAUCCCAAAAAGCAAUCAAGAAUUUAAAGUGCAACUGAACCCACUUCUUUCUCACUUUUUUUUUUUUUUUUCAUUUUCUUUUUCUUUUUAUGUGUUAAAAGAUUGGAGGUUUCAGCAUCGGUGCAGAAAGUUGUGUUGCUUCAGAUCCCAAUAUAUAAUAAGUCCACCAAUAAGGAUCUUGGUUGUUAACAACAAAAUGCAAGAACAAGGUGUACUAGGGCUAAUGGGUUCUAGUACUAUGGGUGAUAUUUCUUCUAUGGUGAUAUCUGAUGAUCAUCAAAGGCAAUUAAAGGGUGAAAUUGCUACACAUCCUUUGUAUGAACAACUAUUAUCAGCACAUGUAGCAUGUCUUCGAGUGGCUACACCUAUUGAUCAGUUGCCAUUAAUAGAUGCUCAGCUUUCACAAUCUCAUCAUCUCUUGAGAUCUUAUGCUUCUUCUUCUUCUCAUCAGCAACAACAUCAUUCUCUUUCUCCUCAUGAAAGACAAGAACUUGACAAUUUCUUGGCACAGUACUUGUUAGUUUUGUGUUCCUUUAAAGAACAGCUUCAGCAGCAUGUCAGAGUUCAUGCUGUCGAAGCUGUUAUGGCCUGUCGUGAAAUUGAGCAGAAUUUACAAAUUCUUACAGGAGCAACACUUGGAGAGGGAACAGGUGCUACAAUGUCUGAUGAUGAGGAUGAGUUACAGAUGGAUUUUUCACUAGACCAAUCAGGAGGAGGUGAUGCACAUGACUUGAUGGGUAUGGGAUUUGGUCUUCCUACUGAAUCUGAAAGGUCUCUUAUGGAGAGGGUCAGACAGGAAUUGAAAAUUGAGCUCAAACAGGGAUUUAGAUCAAGAAUUGAAGAUGUGAGGGAGGAGAUAUUGAGAAAGAGAAGGGCAGGGAAGUUACCUGGUGACACCACUACUGUUUUAAAGAAUUGGUGGCAGCAACACUCUAAAUGGCCUUAUCCAACUGAAGAUGAUAAGGCAAAACUUGUGGAGGAAACAGGGUUACAGCUGAAGCAAAUCAACAACUGGUUCAUCAAUCAAAGAAAGCGCAACUGGCAUAGCAACUCACAGUCUGUGACAUCUCUAAAGUCCAAGCGCAAGAGAUAGAGAAGAAACUGACGAACAUAAAUAGGUUGAUGGUGAAAUGAAGAUAAACAGCUUUGAAGCAGAACUCUGAAAUGUUAAUUGUGAUCAAAGACAUGGGAAAAUAUUAGUUAGUACAUUAGGCCGGAUUGUAAUAUAUGGUACUCAGAAUUGGUAUACAUAUAUGGUAGACGUCGGUUUCAGUAUACAACUAACACUACUUUUGAACUCUGGAAUGUUGACACUGUUUCUUGUAAUGAUAGUAAUUGUUUAGUGUUUAAUGUUUUCUAAGUAGAAGAGUAUCAUACAAACAGGUAAGGAUAUUGAAGCUGAUAUCAACUUUUCGUAUCUCUGUAUUGAUAGUAAUGAAAAUUGGAACAGUUUUAUAA